AUGUACGGUGAUGGAUAUACCAAGUUAAGAUUAGCAGGCCUAGUAAUAACUGUAGCCAUCGGUUUAUAUCUUAUUGGCGUACACUGUGGAUCGUUUAUCGUAAACCGAGAUAGUUUUAAUAGCAGAAGGGCUUUUAAAAUUUGUGCUAGCGUGAAAGUUUACUUAAAUGAAUUGGAAGCGAUUUAUGAGUCACAGGAACAGGUUCUUCUAGAAUAUCGGAAAUAUUUAAAUAAAAUUCAGAAACAAUUUCAGACAUUUAAGACUUCAACAAUCAACGAAGAAUCUAUAUGGAUGAAAGAGAUUGAAAUCCCAUCGCCUGAAGAUAUGGAAAGCAUUGCGGAGAUAUUUAAGAUUUCUAUUAGUCCCAGUGAUUUAGUAGAAAACUGUCCUCAGUCUGAAAGUGAGAAUAUCAAAAUUAAGAUUAUGUAUGAUGCAAUAAAGGACUAUGACUGGAGCUAUGUGAAGUUGCUAGUAUUCUUUGAAGAAGGAGAUUUUCCUCCCAGCCCGACAAGAGAAGCGUAUUUAGAUAAUGAAAGUACAUGUAAGCAAGCAGCUGCAAGUUUGGCUUCGAAUUUGGAAGAAGAAUUUAAAUGUAAUAAAUUUAACUUUGUACAAUUUCUAAGAAGUAAUACCAGGAAUUUAAAAGAUAUAUUUACCCUACCGCAGUGA